AUGACCCACGCAUUAAACUAUCUCGACCAACCAGGCGGACUGAACCUCGGCGAACUCCAAAGAAGUCUAGAAAUCGUCGUGACGGCAGCAUCCGAUACCGCAGCCACGCUUCCAAUCGGCGCACUAUACCAUCUCUGCAAAAACCCUUCGGUAUAUGCAAAACUCAAACAGGAAAUCAGAAGUAGCUUUUCCUCGGAAGAAGAGAUAAAUAUCGGUACCGUCAAUGAGAAACCAUAUUUACUAGCUGUUCUCAAAGAAGCCCUAAGGAUUCAUCCUCCUGUGCCGGGAAAUCAUCCUCGUCGUGUGGGUGCUGAUGGAUGCGUCGUGGCGGGUAAUUAUGUACCGCCGAAUACUUUGGUUUCCUUUCCACAUUGGGCGGGAUAUCAUUCGGAGAAGAAUUGGAAUAGACCAAACGACUUCGUCCCCGAACGAUGGAUGGGAGAUCCAGAAUUCGAUACAGACAACCGAGCAUGUUUCCGACCUUUCAGCCACGGACCACGAGAAUGUCUAGGUCAAAAUGUGGCGCACGCUGUAACGAGAGUUAUUCUAGCAAGAUAUAUCUAUAACUUUGACAUGGAGUUGGCGGACCCGAAUGAGAGUUUGACGGAUGGUGCGAGAGUGGUUGUUGAUGUUGAUGAGGAAGGAGGUGGUAAUUAG